UCCACCUGCAAGGUCUCUUUUCUGUCUUUUUGUUCCUAAACCAAAUGUAGAGAGGCAACUAUAAAAUCAUCAGGGAAGCGUAGCUAAUCCUUCCCUCGCAGGUUUUGUCAUUUGAUGAAGGGGAAGAUUUGAUUUCUUCUUUUUUCUUUGUUUAAUUUCUUCUCCCCUUUUCACGAGAAAAAGAAAAAUUUUAUAAUGGUUGUUUCUUUCAGAAGAGGAGAAAGUACCUUCCAAGCAAUGCCAAGGCCUUUCAGAAGCAGUCAGAAGUCACUGAAAGAUGCUCUCAUAGCGCAAGAGUCUCCAGGCUCUGUAAACACCACUCCACAUGUAGUCAUAGUUAUGGAUGCACUAAAAGAGUUCACCAUAGACCCACUUAGGUGGGCCCUUGAGAAUAUUAUCGCCGCUGGUUGUGUUGUCACUCUCCUUGGAAUUAUGCCUUGGCUUAAUAUUCCUUUAUCCUCAAAGACACAAGAAGUUUGGGCUUUGGAGUUCGAAGAAGUAUCUAUGGCACAAGAGACUAAUGAACCGAAGAUAGAUCCGAAGCUUCUAAAACUUAAAGAAGUGGUGGACCUCUGCAAAAUAUUUGGGGUUGUCCUACAUAAGGAAGUUGUGAUGGGUUUUCCUUUGAAAUUGGUAGUGCUUGAAAAAAUUACAAGCCUUCAUGCCACAUGGGUGGUAUUUGAUAGAUAUCAAAGAAGAAACAGAGAGUUCUUUGCCCACAGAGUACCAUGUAAUAUGGUAAUGAUGAAUGAGAACAGGGAAGCAGAUAUGAUUAGAGGGCAACCCAUGAUUGAUAAUGGAGAGUUUACUCCAGGGGAAUCACCAGCCUCUUUGAUUCCUACUCAGCUCUUAAUUUCUAAUGGAUGGAGGGCUGGGGAAAUUCCUGGAGAACCGUGUUGAGAUAUAUAUAUAUAUAUAUAUAUAGACACGAACUUGGUGGUGCCAAAAUGCAGGGAGGAAGCAAUGGGAAGUCAAUGAGGAUGAUGACCUGAGUUAACACUUCACAAUUGGCUCUCUUUUUCUUUCUCUCUCGAAUUUCUCCUGCGAUAUUGUAUCUAUGUUUCCAGAUGGCUCUGCUAUCGCUAUAUAAGGGUUUAGUUCCCUAUGUUAUAAAAUUGAUCUUGCUUGAUAUUACAAUAGUAUU